CCAGUUCUGUGUGUAUGGAUUUACCGACUUGAUAAGUUGCAUUGUUUCUCUGGGUCACAAGUUUGGCCGAAACUAGGUUUCUGUGUAUUUUGAUAAGGAAAAAUAACUAUAAAAAAAUAGAUAACAUACAGGGACGAUAUGAGGCAUCCAUGUGUCUAUGAGCACGUUCUUACAAAUGUGUUGUGACAUUUUAGCGAAAUCAGUAAGAAAGAAAUUUCAACUAAAUCGUUGUGGACCCAAACGAUCUUGUCGCUUUGAUGACUCUAGCACGAGUCGAGGUAGAGUGUAUAAUUCUUGGUUAUACAUUUGUGAAUAACCAGAUAUGCGGUUCUUUGGUUUUAGUGGGGUCAUAUGUAAGAGAUGAGAUUAAUUAAACUUUUUAUUUUCUCUACUUUUUUAAUUGGCUUGUAUCUUUUUUGUUUUAAUUUUAAUAUUUUUAUAUAAGAUGGAACGGAUUCAUUGUGAUCAUUAAAACUAUCUCCAUUUUUUAUACCACUAUGUAGCACCUUUGAUUUUAACUCCUUUUUUUUCACAAAUGAAAAUGAACAAAUUCAUUGUGAUCUAUAAAAUCUAAUAUAUAUCUACAAAGAAUUAUGACCAAAUAUAUCACCCAAUACGAAACAUCGAUAAAAAGUAGUUAGUAUAUUCAUACUAAAUAUAUAUAUAUUCAUUCGACACUAUAAUAUAUCCAUACCACCAUAAUCUAAUCUAAUCUAAUCUAUGUUACAAUCAAGAUAUACAAUGGUCAUAUUAAUUUAAUUUUUUUUACUGGUAAUAAUUUUAAUAGAUAAAAAAAGUUAUGGGCAAUGCACUAAACUCUCAGCUUCCGUCCUUUAAUCUUCGCUAGCUUGGACCCUAGUUUCGAGUUUUUCAUUCGGUCGGUCCCAGUUUUGAGCUGGGCCUUGGCCCGCAAAUUCUCAGUAGGUACAAUCCUCGUCCAGAGGUCAAAGAUACUUUUUUUUAGAUCCUCUUUUUGGGUAGAAAAGGUUGGAAAAUGUUGAAAAAUAUUGUAGCACUUCAAACAAAUUCUACAUUCACAAAAGCAAUAAAGAAAUCCAGGAUUUACUGAAAACCAUCCAAUAUUAACCGAUAAGAUGCAUUUUUUAGAGAGAGAUAUGAAUUCUUGUAAAAUUUUUGAAGUUAAACACAUUCAAUAUGAAACAGCAUAAAAAUAACCUCUCGAGAGGUAAUCACAAUACACUCGAAAAUAAAACCGUACGGGAUAAACUCAAAACGAAUAAUAUCUUUUAUUAGAAAAGAUCGGAAUGUUACAAAUACAAUUACCUCAAGAUUCCGUUUGUUGGCCUUUGGUUUUGUUUAAUUAAUAACUUAUGGGUAGAUUGAGUAAGUGGGACAAACAAACUUAUCACUAGAGAAGGGAUAAAUGUGUUAUAAUUUGGUCUAAUUAAUAUUCUUUGGGCAGGAGAAUGAAUAUAUAUAUAUAUAUGUUAUGAAUUGGUGGGAGAAUCGCAAUUAAAGUAGGGUUUUGAUCACGUUUCUCCACCCUAAUUCGGCCGCUUAGUUAGUUUUGGUUAAGUAUAUAUGGAUGUCGUCGUAUUCCUUUUUCCCGUUAUCAUCUUAGAAUUUCCACGAGUGAGUGCAUGUUGCUUUCACGACCAGAGCCGUCAAAUAUAUGCAUUAUACCUUUUAUGGAGUAAAAUAAACGUUCUGGCAUAAAUAACAAACCACUAUCAAUUUCCAUAGUUGACUUGGUAUCAUUGAACUACUAGGUAUCACUAUCAAAUACAUGUUUACUUUCCCCUCCCAUUUUGCUUUGGUUAGGUCGUGGGUCCAACUGUGGUUGACGAUAUUUGUCACGGAAUGACAAGUUUGAGAACAUGAUUAUAUUAGAGGGACAAAUUUGACGUGAAUCGUAACAGGAGUGCAAGUUUGAGAGGAGGGGGGACCCGUAAUAGAGUGACAGCUUAUACUAGUAACGCUGGUUUUAACUUGAUCUGACUUUAUGGAAAUAUAUGAACUGUUAGUCAUAUUUUGGUUAGCUUUAAUGGCUAUGACCUAUGAGACUUGUAAUAUGUGGAUUUGGUAAUCCAUAGAUUCAGGUAAGGAAUAAGGACGACUAUGAAUGGACUGAAUCGUAUUAGGGACUAAACCAAUAGAACCAUCAAAACAUUUAUAAUAACCAUUCGGUUCGUUUGUUUGGAUGGUUAUUGAUUGACUAAACGAUUUCUAACAGUUUGACACGAUACUGGAUAAACUACUUUGGUUUAACAGGUCCACUGAUUCACUAUCUUAAUCACAGAAAAUGAAAGAAAAAAACUAAGAUCAUCGAACUUGAGGUACUAAUUUUAUUUCGCUACCUUUUUUCAGACCUUAUUGUCGGUUUUAUGUGGUAUACUAUGGAUUGCAACCUUAGUCACUAACUUGAAAUUAAUAUUAAAAAAUUUUGUGAUUUCUUUUAUGAGAUAUAUAGUAUAAAUAAUUAGUUGCAGUUUUGGUGAUGGAUGAUACAGAGUUGAAAUUAUUUAUGGUUAGUGAUCAAUCUAAUUCAAAAUGAGUGCAUUAUAUAUGUCUUUUUGUUAUAACGAAUGAACGAUUCCAUCAAUAAUUCUAUAAGGCUUAGUCGUUCAACUAUUAACAACUAGCUUUUCAAACUCAACAUCCGACCCGAUUAUGAAUACUGAGAAAAAAACACCACCUUUGUAACCACUUUAGGGCUUGUUUGCUUGAUGGGUUUGGUAAAAGAUUUGGAUGAGGAAUUCUAAUGGAUCAAUCUGACACAAUUGUCUCGUUAUGAGUCAAUUGUGCUAGAUUGAUCCGUUUGGCAGCAGAAAAUUUGGAUGAAGCAAUUUGAGCUGGGGAAUUCUGAAUUGACUCAUUUUGAGCCAAUUACAAUUUUCUGGGGUGGGGGCAGGUAAUCUGAAUUGACUCGUUUUAAAUGAUUCGUUUUGUAAAAUGAAACAAUUGGUCAAAUUGUCUCGUUCUACAAUUGAUCCAUCCAAACGACCCAUUAAUGAUGGAUUUGGGUCCAUGAUAGAAUUUGUCCAAAAUCCAUUAUUUGUUUCAAGUAUUUAGAGGUAACAAAUCGGUGGUACCCAUGGACUUUGAGGGUCCAAAUUCCUGGGCCCACUAACUUGAAAAUCACACCUCUUUAGAUGAGAAUUGAUCAUGGACUUUGAAGUGCAUCAUUUUUUACCAACCUAUCCCUCAUAUUUUUUUUUUCUCUUCUUAUAUCAUUGAGGCAAUAAAAGGUAAAUUAUAUUUCAUAUAUACAAAUUUAAUUAAAAAAAUCCAUAAUGAAAUCCAUGAAACAAACAAUGAUUUUUUUUUCAAAUUCAUAAUGAACCCAAAACCCUCACAUAUCCAUGAGUUUUGAAAAUCAAAAUACACUUCCAUAGACACAACUCUCACGUUUGUGACAGAUAUAGCCACAACUUUCGAAAUACAUGUAAUAGCCAGAAUUUUGAUAGUUGUUUGAAAAAUCUAGUCAUUUCAGUUACAAACUUUAACGGUGUUAGAUUAGAGAUUUUGUUAGUGAGAUUAACAACAUGCUGACUAGGAUGCCAAAUUGACGCACACGUCAGCGACGACUCAGCCCCACUUGCCACGUCAGCGACGACUCAGCCUCACUUGCCACGUCAUAAUUUUCUUUAAAAAUAUUUUAGGCAAGUUUAGGGGGUAAUAGAGUGACAGUUUAUACUAGUAACGCUAGUUUUAACUUGAUCUGACUUUAUGGAAAUAUAUGAACUGUUAGUCAUAUUUUGGUUAGCUUUAAUGGCUAUGACCUAUGUGACUUGUAAUAUGUGAAUUUGGUAAUCCAUAGAUUCAGGUAAGGAGUCAGGACGACUAUGAAUGGACCGAACCGUAUUAGGGACUAAACCAAUGGAACCAUCAAAACAUUUAUAAUAACAGUUUGGUUCGUUUGUUUGGAUGGUUAUUGAUUGACUAAACGGUUUCUAACAGUUUGACACGAUACUGGAUAAACUACUUUGGUUUAACCGGUCCACUGAUUCACUAUCUUAAUCACAGAAAAUGAAAGAAAAAACUUUAACGUAAACUAAGAUCAUCGAACUUGAAGUACUAAUUUUAUCUGGCUACUUUUGUUCAGACCUUAUUGUCGGUUUUAUGUGGUCUACUAUGGAUUGCAACCUUAGUCGCUAACUUGAAAUAAAUAUUAAAGAAAUUUGUGAUUUCUUUUAUGAGAUAUUUGUUACAGCUUUUGGUGAUGGAUGGUACAGAGUUGAAAUUAUUUAUGGUUAGUGAUAAAUCUAAAAUGAGUGCAUUAUAUAUGUAUUUUUGUUAUAACGAAUGAACGAUUCCAUCAAUAAUUCUAUAAGGGUUAGUCGUUCAACUAUUAACCACUAGCUUUUCAAACUCAACAUCCUACUCGAUUAUGAAUACGAGGAAAAAAUACCACCUUUGGAACCACUUUUGGGCUUGUUUGCGCUUGAUGGAUUUGGUAAAAUAUUUGAUGAUGGAUUUGGGUUCAUGAUAAAAUUUGUCCAAAAUCCAUUAUUUGCUUCAAGUAUUUAGAGGUAAAAAAUCCGUGGUACACAUGGACUUUGAGGGUCCAAAUCCGUGGGCCCACUAACUUGAAAAUCACACAUCUUUAGAUGAGAAUUGAUCAUGGACUUUGAAGUGCAUCAUUUUUUUACCAACCUAUCCCUCAUAUUUUCUUUCUCUUCUUAUAUCAUUGAGGACAAUAAAAGGUAAAUUAUAUUUCAUAUAUACAAAUUUAAUUAACAAAAUCCAUAAUGAAAUCAAUGAAACAAACAAUGAUUUUUUUUUCAAAUUCAUAAUGAACCCAAAACCCUCAUAUAUCCAUAAGUUUUGAAAGGCAAAAUACACUUCCAUAGCCACAACUUUCACGUUUGUGACAGAUAUAACCACAACUUUCGAAAUACACGUAAUAGCCAGAAUUUUGAUAGUUGUUUGAAAAAUCUAGUCAUUUCAGUUACAAACUUUAACGGUGUUAGAUUAGAGAUUUCGUUAGUGAGAUUAACAGCAUGCUGACUAGGAUGCCAAAUUGACGCACACGUUAGUGACGGCUUAGCCUCACUUGCCACGUCAUAAUUUUCUUUAAAAAUAUUUUAGGCAAAAUACACUUCCAUAGCCACAACUUUCACAUUUGUGACAGUGAUAGCCACAACUUUUGAAAUACAAGAAAUGACCAGAAUUUUGAUGUUUUUUUUUUCCGACAAAUCUAGUCAUUUAUGUUACAAACUUUUGAAAUACAUGAAAUAGUCGCGACCUUGUCCUCGAUUUCUUCUCAGGGCUAUGUUUGAGAGGGAAUGCAACGAAUCGGGCCAAUUGAUACUGAUGAAUCGAGCUUCACCGGAAACAAGAACAGCUGCACCCGCAACGAUUUCGAGGUGAAAAUACACUACGAGCCGCUACGUCCUUCCUUACCGACCCAUCGUUUUUUGUCUCCACCGGAGACACUGUCUCCUCUUUCACCGUCGCUUCCGAUGCCUUCUUCUUCGCGGUCGUCGUCAGCAUCUUCCCAAUAGCCAUUUUUCCUUCUUUCUCACUGUUUUUUUUUUGUGACUCUGCCAAGCGUUCGAGGCCUUCUCCUUCAAUCUAGCGAUUGAGGAUCCGAAUCAUCAAUUCGGGAAAUAAGGCCUCAUUCUCCAGUCAUACUGUUAAGUAACACCUUUAAAAAGAUGAGCGAAAGUUGAUAUUUUGUGAAUCUCAAAAGGUGAAAGUUGUGGCUAUAGAAGUGUAUUUUGAUUUUCCUUUGUUAAUCCACGUGGAUCGCCAACUCAACAUUUCCGUCAAUCCAGUCAUACUGUUAAGUGACACCAUUAAAGGGAUAGACGGAAGGAAUUAUUUUGUGUGUUUCGAAAGUUGCGACUAUAACCGUCACAAACAUAAAAAUUGUGGCCAUAAAAUUGUAUUUUGCAUUCUCAAAACCCAAAUUAUACCAAAACCUUAAUUUUUCAAAAAACCCCUCAGCAUAAAGUACUUUUGGCUUU